UUCGUUUUGGUUUCGACAUCCAACGCUUAGCGACUUGGCGGCUUGGCAACAUUUGGCGACAUCGGAAGGUUCACCGCAAUGGGCUCCUCUUCCGCCUCGAUGUCACGUCGGCAAGAGGCUGAGCCCACUCCGCCGCAAAAGCUGCAGCCAGAAGCAGACGCAUCGCACGGCGCUGACGGACAAGACGGCCAGACUCUCACAGCUGAGAUCCUGCAACUGGCCAAGGAAAGAACUCUGCACAGCCUGCACAGCUCUCCGAAAGCAUCUGAUGGCCCCGACUUCCUUGGAGAGCUGGAUUGCAUGCAGUGUGAAAGCUUGUUGUUUGAACCCACAACAUUGGAAGAUGGCCUCACAGUAUGUCGCCCCUGCGUGAAAAAGCGGCGACUGGCACAAGCUCUACCUGAGCCUGAAAACAAGGAGAAGCUUGGCUUUGGAAGCGCGGCCAACGCUGCUCAGGCACGACAGCAAGGCAAUCGGCUCUUCGGCGAAGGUAAGUAUGCUGAGGCGUCCGAGGCCUAUUCCGAAGCUAUGGCCAGUUCCCCGGAUAUCGUUGUGCUUUGCAAUCGCUCACUUGCACGAUUGAAGCUGGAAGACAGUACAGGUGCGGUGGCAGAUGCACAGAUGGCUUUGGCAGGAGCGCUACGCCGCUCUGGAAGUGCCAUGUUGGCCAAGGCUUGGCUACGUUUGGGGCAAGCCUUGAAGCAGGAAGGACAGAUGGCUCUAGCCACCUUUGCACUUGCUCGAGCAGGUGCCGAGGAUGGGCUCCAAGAGCUUUGUUCUUCGAUGUGCAGGACUGAGCUGGAGAAGGUAAAGAAAUGGCUGGAAGAUGGCAGAUGUCCUCCCAUUGAGGAGGGGCUCCCGGAGUUCAUGGAGACUGGAGCAUCAAAGUUUAACUUUCACAAUGACCAGGAAUGGCUGAGGAAUCACUUGGAAUGUCCACUGUGUUUGGGUUUGCUUUGGGAGCCAUCCUCCAUUCCAUGUGGCCACACCUUGUGCCGUCCCUGCCUGGCUCGCACUUUGGAUCACGCCUUCGACACGGCACCCAGCUGCCCCAUGUGUCGGGCAGAUCUAUCAGGAUAUUUGGCUUGGCUUAAUGCUGGCACCUGGAAGGCGAAUGGAGCAUUAGUCCAUGGUGGAACACAGAUACCAGUGAACCGGAAGAUCUCUGCAAUCAUUCAACGGCACUUCCCGGAAGAGAACAGCGAGCGUACUGCCCAGAUUGCUCAGGCUGAGGCUGAGGCGGCCGGAAGCCCUGAUGCACCUGUGGUUCCAAUCUUCAUUUGCUCAAUGGCUAUGCCAGCAGUUGCAUGCCCCUUGCACAUUUUCGAGCCACGCUACAGGCUGAUGAUGCGUCGUUGCAUCGACUCUGGGCAGCGGCAGUUCGGCAUGUGCCUUUUCCCAGGUGCUCAGUAUGGUACGAUGCUUCAUAUCCAGAGCUUUAAACAGUUGCCAGAUGGUCGCUCGCAGAUCAAAACCAUAGGCACUCGCCGGUUCCAGGUGUUGGAGUGGGGCGAGAAAGAUGGCUAUGCAACAGGUCGUGUGCAAUGGCUCCAGGAUGCUGAAGCGACGAGCGAUGAGGUCUCAGCAAAGGCAAAGCGCCUCCGAAAGGCUGUGGAAGGCCUCUUGAAGAAGGUCGCUGCGCAGGAUCAAGCCAGAUUGGAAGCACAGUUGGGGCCCAUGCCUGACAUCGAUGGUUCUGAUGGGCCUAGCUGCCCAGCCUUCGUUUUCUGGUGCAUGGGUCUGGCAGAUCUGCCUCCACGCAUUUGUUACGAGCUUUGCUUCGGUGAGACCUUCCGAGAAGAUCCUGAGAAGCGGUUAACAACCAUCCUCGAGAUCUACGAAAAAAAGAUGCAAGCCAGAAGUGAAGAGCACGAGGAAAAGACCGACCCUGAGUAGUGUUCAGGCCACGAGUGAAGGUGAAAUCAGCCAGUUCACGGCUGUUAACUAGCAUGGUAUUUGCAACCACCAAGUCUUUGUUUUGAUGCAAGGUUCUUCACCAGAGUUUCGUCCGUCU